AGCACCAUGGGAACCCGGAAGUAGCUGUAAAGCUAAGCCCCGGGUUUACCAUGGAGCCUGGGGGUUCCGGCGACGAGGCGGUCGCCAUGCUGUGGUCCGUCCGGGAGGCCGUGGAACGGUCAACUUUGCAGAUCGGAGCGUCGGCGUGCGGCGCCACGGCGCUGGUGGACGUUCUGCGGGCCCUGGGGGUCCCGGUGACCCCGGAAACGGCCGAGCGCUGCGUCCAGACGCGGUUAAGGAGGAACGAGGCGCCGCUGCCGGACUACCUGCUGUCACGCAGCGAGGCCGGUGCCACCCACCAGCAACUGAUAGAUGGUGCCGAUUUGGCCAGCAGGGGGAAGGUCCUCGGCCGCUUUUUCCCCUUCCACCCCCGCCGCAGGGUGCAGCUCGUGUCCUGGUUGGCCGGAUGGAUCCGCUGCGGCGCCGUCCCGGUGGCCACCAUGAACAUGCAGCUGGCCGUGCCAGAGGGCGAGGAGAUGCCGGACGCCUGGCACCACCAGCUGGUGUUUGGAGUGGCGCCCGACGCCAUCUACAUGAGUAACCCCCUGGAAGUCGUGAGUGAGGCCGUGGUUCACCAGCGGCUGUGCAGUGAGUCACUGCUCCUCAUUCGCCGGGAGGACGUGCUGCAGAGGUGGACGGCGGACACAUCCGUGGACUCGCUCGCUCAGGACGUCUCUGACCCACGGUGGACCGUUCUGGACGUACAGGGUCAGGUGAGACAGGUGAUUCGUGAGGAGGAGUGUGAGGAUGAGCGAAAACCCAAGAUGAGCCACAUUGUGAUCCCAGCAGCAUACCGCUCAGGUGUGACGCUCUUUGCUCUCCGCCACUCGGACCCAGGACAGGAGCUUCUUCGAGCGCCCGAGCUGCCCCUGCUUUGAGUCCCACUGGACACACCCCUGCCCUUCAAUGGACACACCCCUGCCCUUUAUUGGACACACCUUUCACCUUCACUGGACACACCCCUGCCCUUCACUGGACACACCCUUUACUGGACACACCCCUGACCUUUGCACCCUUGAGGUGUCUCUGCCAUGUCGAUAUGAACUCGUUCGGUGCUCCAGGUCGUUUCAGGACACCAGGGACUCGUUGACGUGUGCAGCUGUGACCGUGCGGCUGAGGGACUGAAGGACCAGCGUGUUCCGCUGGACAGUAAGACGUGCGCUAACGGUGUUCCUGCUCUUAGGCAGACUCGUCUCUGCGUGUUGCAGAACUCGUGUGAGGCCAUGUGGACGACUUAAUGCGGACAGAUUCCCUCGCAGGACAGCGUGGUGCUUUGGGGAGAUGCUGAGGGUUCGAGAGAUUUCACUCCUCCGAGGUCUCCUUGUGUCUGAUUCACUGUGUGGGAAUAAACCCAA